AUGUCAUCAAAAAGAUCUAAUUUAUUACUCUCUAAAGAUUAUCAAAGUAAAAAAUCAUCAAAACAAACAACAAAUCAAAAUAAUGAUGAUGAUGAAAAUCUAACACAAGAAGAUAAAAUUAAUAGAAGAGUACAAAGUGUAUUAAAAACACUUCCAUCUAAAAAGGAUGAAAAUUUAAUUAAAUUUAAAUCAUUCUAUGAAUGUAUUAAAGAUGUUAAAAUACUUUCGGAAGUACAAUUUGAUACUUAUAGAAAAGAAGAAUCAAAGAAUGAACAUGAUUCAACUACUUUUUUAUAUGAUAAAAUGUUAGAAUGGGAUGAAUUGAAUUUAACUAAACAUUAUAUUCAAUUUAGAUCAAAUAUUCAAUCAUUUGUUAGAACAUUACCUGAAAUGAUACAUCACAAAGAAACUAUUUGUGAUAUUUUUGUUAAUCAUUUAAGAAUUAAGGAUUCUCUUGCUUAUCAACCUAUUUUAGAUCUAGUAACAAUAUUUGCUAAAGAUUUACGACAAGAAUUUUAUCCAUUAUUUCCACGUUUAUUUUAUCCAAUAGUAUAUAAUAUAAAUAUAUCAUUAUGGUUUGAAAAGUAUAGUAAAAUACUUUCACAUAAGAAAUGGUAUAUUAGAAAAUUUGCAGCUGAAAGUUUUUCAUUUUUAAUUAACAAACUUUCAGAUGAAGAAUUAAAAAUUUAUGUUGAAAAAGUUUUUAAUUUAUUAAUUGAAAAACCAUCACAAAUAAUGUAUGAUGGUGUUAGUCAAAUGUUUUUUGAAUCAAUGAAAGGUAUUUUAGGUAAUUUACAUUCUAAAAUGUCAAGAUUAUUACCUUUAUUAUUUAGACAAUUAAAUUGGAAUUUAAAUUAUAAUGGUACUAUUAAACAACAAUUAGCUGAUAUUGGUAACAAAUUUACUUUAAUUGAAAAAUAUAAACAAACAGUUUAUACUUUUUAUAGAAAAUUAAUGAAAACAAUUGGAAAUGAACAAGAAUCAAAUACAAUUGUUAAAGAAUUUUUAAGAUUUGUUAAUGAUGAUAUUAAUUAUAAUUUUGAUUCAACUGUUGCUUUUUUAUUAAAUUUUAUUCAUACUAAUACUACUAGUAAUAGUAAUUUAGAUACAAAUUUGGAAUAUACUUUAUUAUCUGAUAAAAAUUCUAAAUUUAUUCAAAUUAUUUAUAACAAAUUUAUUGAAAUUAUUUCAAAUAUUAAAUCACAACAAGAUUUAAUUCAAUUUUCAAAACAAUCAAAUUCUUUAUUAUUAUUAUGGUCUAUUUUAAAUAUUUUAUCUAUUUAUGGUAAAAAAUCAGAUCAAUAUUUAAAAAAUUUAUAUGAAAAUGUUUAUAAAUUUUUAUUACAAUUUAUUAAAUUAAUUGAUCAAAGUCAAUAUGAAAAGAAGGAAUUACAAUUAUUACAAAUUAUUAUUGCACAAUCUUUAACUUUAUUAAAUCAAGUUUUACAUUUCUAUAAUAAGAAUUUUAAUAAUUUAAUUGAAAUUGUUAUGGAAAUUUCAUGUAAAUUUGGUUCAUCAUUACAAGUUUUAAUUUCAUGUAAUCAAUUAAUUGAUAAUGUAGAUUCCAAUUUAUUAACAAAUGAUAAAUUUAAAAUAAUUGCAGAAUCAUUAAAAUCCAAUCUUCAAAGUAAAUCUGAUAAUCUAAGAUUAGAAACAUUAAAAUAUUUAACUAAAUUUGAACAAGAUGAAAUUCAAAAAGGAAUUGUUCUUAAUAAGGUAGAAACUACUAAAUGUGUAGUUUUAGAAUUUUUAAGAGAUUCAGAAGAAUGUGGAUUUGAUUGGGAUCAAUCACGUAAUCGUACAGUUUUAUUAGAAAAGGCUAAUGAAUUUUUAAAACGUUACACCAUUCCACAAAUUUACAAAACUUUAAUUUCUAAUUAUGUAUUUGGUUCAUAUUUUACAAAAUAUCAAAUUGUAUGGGAACCAACAAGUAAUUUAGCAUCAACAAUGAUGAGAAUUAAUUUUAAAGAAUUUUGGAAUUUAUUAAUACCAAUUAUUUCAAAUAUUUAUCAAAAAUCAAGAGAUUCUAAAAAAGAAGAUGAUAUAUUAUUAGUAUUUAAUUCCUUUUAUGAAAAUGAAUUUAAAGAAUAUGAUAUUGAAGAAGUUGUUAAUUUUAUUACUAGAAAUCCAAUGACUGGUCGUUUAGAAAAAUUAUUAAAUUUAAUUUCAGAAUUUAAUGAAGAUUUCUUUAAAAAGGAAAAAUCUAAAUUUAUCAAAUCAGUUAUUUUUAGAUUAUUUUCAACUUCAACAAUAUCAAUUCAAUUAUUAUCUUUAAAAUGUUUACAAAAGUUUAAUUUACCAUAUUUAACAAGUAAAACUGUUAAAAAUUUACAAAAAGUAAUUUCAUCUAAUAGAAGUGUUGAACAUUUAUCUAAAUUAGAUUUUAUUAAUAUUCCAAAACAAUAUAAACAAGAAUAUAUUCAUUUACAUUUAAAGGUUAUUGAACCUUAUUUAUUAAUGUUUGAUAUGACUAAAAAGAGAGGUAAAAAUUCUAAAGAUGCAAUGAUUAAAAAAUGGAAAAUUAGAGUUCAUCAAGUUAUUGAAUUUUUAGGUCAAUUACCAAAAGAAACACUUGAAUAUUUUAUUAACAUGUUAUUUAAUAGAUUUAAAUCUAUUGAUAAUAAUAAUGGUAAUGAUAGUAAUAUUGAUAGUAAUAUUGAGAGUACAAAUACUAAUAAUAGUGAUGGUAAAUUUGCUGAAGAUUUAAUCAAGGCAAAUACAUUCCAGUUACGUUGGUUAUUAGAUAUUAUUGAAGAAAUUUUAACAUGUUUAACUGGAAAUUAUCAUUACUUUUAUAAUCAAGUAUUGGAUUUAUUAAUUACUAUUAUUGAAUUGAGAGUUGAUGCUCAUGAAAUGGAAGUUGAUCAAGAAGAAGAAGAACAAAAAUUACUUGAACAACAAUUACUUGAACAAGAAGAAGAAGAAGAAGAAGAUGAUGAACAAGAUGAAUCAUCCACUAUUAAAGAUUCUGAUAGUAAAUCAUCUGAAAAAUCAGACAAGAUGACUGAUGAAGUUGAUGAUGAAGAUGAUGACCAAGAUGAUGAUGAUGAUGAAUCUACUGCUACUUCUAUUCAAACUACUUCUACUACUAAAUCAACUAUUGCUAAAUCUACUACUUCUACCACAACUACAACAACUGAUAAUAAUACUAGCUACUACUCAUCAUCUAAACAAAAAGUAUCAUUAACAUUAACAUUUAAAAGAGCAGUUGAAUUACUUGAAUUAUUCUUUGAUAGAAAACAAGAAUUUGAUUAUAGUAUUGAAUUUACAUCACACGUAAUUUCAUUAUUUACAAAAUUCUUUGAAAAUAUUAAUAAGAAAUCAUCAAGAAUUGAAGAAUUACCUUCUUACUUUUCAAUUUUAUUUUCAUGGUUUGAUAAACCUAAACUUUAUUAUUUAAUUAAAUAUUAUGAAAAGGAAUUAAUAUUUAAAUUUAUUGAAUUAAUUGAUCAAUAUAAUGUUUCUAAUGUUGUAUUUGAUCAAGUUUUAUCUAUUUUUGAUAAAAUAUUAUCAAAUAAGGAUGAAAUUUUUAUGAAUUUAAAUCCAAACUUUUCAAAAAUUACAACAGAUAUUGAAAAUGGUUUAACUAUUGGUAUGAAAAUAUUUGAACCUUCAAUUAUUAAUCAAAUUUUAAUUGCAUUUUAUAAUUUAUUUAUUGAAUCUAAUUAUUCAUCUAAAUCUAUUAAUAAUAAUAAUAAUAAUAAUAAUUAUAAAUCUAAAAAUAAUAGUUAUAAUAAUAAUAAUAAUAAUAAUAAUAAUUUAAACAAAUUAAAUGAUGAAUUAAAUGAACAAUCAAAUGAAAAACAAGAAUUUUCUAAAAAAUGUUUUAAAUUAAUUGAUAAAAUGAAAGGUUAUUUUGAUGAAACAUCACCUGCUGAUAUUAUUUUAACCUUUUAUGGAACAUCAAUUAGAGAUGGAUCUUCUUUAAAUGAAGAUGAAGCACGACAUAAAGAAUGGAUAUUACGUGAUUCAUCUUCACAAUCAUUAUUAAAUAUUAUUGAAAUUAUUAAAUUUAAUAAUGAAAUGAAAGAAAUUAAAAGAUUAUUAAUUUUACAUGUUAAAAGAUUAUCAUUUUCAGAUAAAUUAUUAGAAAAGAGUGAAUCAAUGUUAGUUUAUUCUAAAAUGAUUGAUCAAUUUAUUGAAUUGGAAAAUUUAAAACCAUUUUCAAAAUCAUUAGAAUUAAUUUCAAAUGUUAAUUAUCAAAAGAAAUUAGAAGGUUUACAAAUUAUUAAUUCUAUUUUAAUUCCAAUUGAAAAAUGUAAAAUUCAACAAGAUUAUAUUUAUCAAAUUGUACCUCCACUCAUUUAUGAAUUAAUGGUAAUUAAUGAUAAAUCUAUUCAAGAUUUAGUUAAACAAUUAUGUAUUUAUUUAGUAACUGUUUUAGAUUGGAAUUAUUCACAUCCAAUUUUAAAUCAAUUAGUUACAAUGAUGGGUACAUAUGGUUUAAAGGUUUUAUCAAAGAGAAAGAAAUUAGCAUUGGAUAUUAUAUGUCAAAUUGUUGAUGUAUUUCCAUUUGAUAAAAUUAAUGAUCAUGGUUUUAAUAGUAGUUAUAGUUAUAAUAAUAGAAAUGAUAAUAAUAGAUAUAAUAAUAGAAGACAUGAAUCAGAAGAACCAUUAUCAAAUAGUACAGUUACUAUUGAAAAGGAUACUACAAAUGAUGAUGAUGAUAAUGAUGCAGACGACAAUGAAAUGAUUGAUGAAAAUGAAAUUCCAAAAGGUAGAAGAAUGAAGAGAUAUUUCAUGAAAGAUUUCAUUCCAAAAGUAACAAAAUUCCUUUGGGAUAAGAAAUUAGAAAUUUAUGUCAUGCGUAUGCAAGUUUGUUUCUUAAUUAUUAAAGUAUUAAGAAGAUGUGAUAAAACACAAUUAGAUGUACAUUUAUCUAAAAUGGUAUUAGAUGUAUUAGGUAAAUUAAAGAGUAAAGAUGAAGAACAACAACAAGUUGCUGGUAAAGCAUUAAUUGACAUGUUUAAAGAAUUGGGAACUGUACAUUCAGUCAUGUUAAUUUUAUUGAAUGAAAAUACAUAUCCACCUUUAAAAACAUUUAAAAAGAGAAAAGUUUCACGUUUUGAUAUUGAAAAGGCACAAGAUUAUGAAAAUCAAUCAUCAAUAGGUGAAAAUUCAGUUUCAUUAACUGCAUCUGAUAGUUCUUCAUCAAAACAUUUCAAAUCAAAACAUGAAAAUACUUUAUUUAAUUGUUUUGAAUUAUUAGGUUCAAUUAUUGAUAUUAAGAAGAGUUUAUCAUAUAUUAUUAAUGAUAUUAAUUUCAAAAUUAGAAUUGUACAUAAUGCUGAAAUUUUAAAGAGAUUUGAAUUUGUAUUUAAAUUUUUAUUGAAAGGUUUAAUGAGAAAUAGACAAGUUAUUCAAUCUAAUCAAUCUAUUACUAAUACUAUUACUAAUAAUACUACUACUAAACAAUCUAAUCAAUCUAAUAAUAAUAGUGAAAUGUUAUUAAAUGUAAUUAAAAAUGAAUUAUAUCAUUAUAGAUUAUAUAAAAAGAAUUUUACAACAAUAACAGAUGGAGAACAAGAUAGAUUUCAUUCUGUUAAAACUACUAAAGAUAGAAAGGAAGAAAAUUUCCUUGUACAAAAAGAACCAGGUAGACUUGGUGCAAUUGAUCAAGCUAAUGAUAUGAAAAUGAAAUUAUUAGCAGGAUUAAUUGAUAAUUCACAUAUUAUUGUACAAUUUUAUUUAAAAAUGUUUGAAAAAUGUAUUAAAAGAUUUAAAAUUCAAGUAGAUAAACAUUUAGAAAUGAUGAAUGAAAUAAUACCAUUAUUAUUAAAAUAUGUUAGUGGUAAUCAUUUAAAUGUAGCAUUGGUUUCAUUUAGAAUUUUAAUUGAAAUUUGUAAACGUACACCUAAAGUAUUUAAAAUAUUAGAAGAUUCUAAACAAUUAUUAUUAAAUUCUACAUUUGAUAUAUUAACAAAUUCAGGUAUUGAUUCUACAAAUUUAGAAACAUGGGAAACUAUAUAUACAGGUAUUAAAUAUUUUUUACAAUCUGAUAUUUCACAUAAAUAUCCAUUAUCAUUAGGACAAUUAGAUAUUUUAUUAGAUAUGUUAAAAAUUGAAAUUUCAUCAACUAGAAAAACCUAUUCAAUUCAAACAUUUCAAAUUUUAUCAAAUUUAAUUGAUAAUAAGGUACAAAUACCACAAAUUUAUGAUUUAAUGGAUAAAUCAAUUACAAUUAUGUUAACUACACUUGAAAUGGAAAUACAAAAAACUAUAGUUGAAAUGUUGGUUAAUUUUUAUUUAAAUUAUCCAUUUACAAAUGAAGUAUUACAAGACAAGUUAAAUUAUUUAUUUAAAAAUGUUUUAAAUGAAAAUAUGUCAAAUGAAUCUAAAUUAUCAAUUUUAAAUUUAAUUCAAACUAUAAUUAAAAAAUUUCCAAAUAAUUUCCUAAAUGAUAAAACUGAAUUAAUUUAUUAUCCUCUAAUUUUAGAAUUAGAAAAACAAUGUAAAAAACGUGUUAUUGCAGGUGAUAACAAAUCAAUUUCAUCAAUUGUUUCAAAAUUAAGAGAAACUUUACAAUUUUUUAUUAAAAUAUUAAAUGAUGAAAAUUUAAUUAAAAUUAUUAAAAUUACAAAUGAUUGGAUUUUAAAUGAAAAGAAAUUAAAACCAAUUGGAGUUAAUUCUAUUUUAAUUUUAUCAAAUGUAUCAAAUGGUAGUAAAUUAAAAUCAUCAUCAGAAUUUUAUGAAAAUAUGAUACCUCAAUUAAUUUCUAUAAUUGAAAAUUCAGAUACAAAUUUAGAAAAAUAUCCAAGUUUAGUAUUAGAAACAUUGGAAUGUUUUUAUUCAUUAUUUUCACAAUCUAUUAUUUCAUUCCAACAUGUUGAUGAAAUUUGGAAUUCCUUAUUAAAAAUAAUUUGUGAUGAAAAUGAUUUGAGAAGUGAAAUUAGAUUAGAAUCUUUGAAAAUCUUUGAAUUAUUUGUUUCUAAAAAGAAGAAGAAUGAAUCUAAAAUUUUAAAUCAUUUACAAUAUUUAGAACAAAUGUCAAUUUCAAUUAUAGAAUUAUUUAAAUCACAAUAUAUUAAUGAUACAAAUGUAAUUGUAAUUGUUAAAGUUUUAAUUUAUUUAUUUAAAUUAUUAGAUUCUAAUAAUGGAAGUGAAAUUUUACAUAAAUUAUUUAAAUCUUUACGUAAAAUUUCAAAUCAAACAUUUGAUUUUGACACCAAUGAAAAUAUUACAUUUAGAAGAAUGAAUAUUUUAAAGUUAUUUAUAGGUUUAGCUUCUAAAUAUGGUAAUCAAUUACAACCUUAUUUAAUUUACAUGACACCAUUAAUUUAUAGAUGUUGUGAAUUUUCAAAUAGAGAUAAAUCAAUUGUAACAAUUGAAUUGGAGAAAUUUGCUAAAGAAUCUAAACAAUUAAUUCAACAAUCAUUAACAGAUUCAAAUUUAUUUGUUCAAGCUUAUGAAGAAGGUAGAAAAUUAGUUGAAAGUAAAAGUGAAAAGAAAUCAAAAUCUAAAGAACAAUCAAUCAUAUCAAAACCAUCACAAUAUGCUAAAAAGAGAUUGGAAUCAAAUUCUAAAAAGAAUGAUACUAAAAAGAGAAAGUUAAAAGAAUCUUUUAAUCAACCAACUGUACAAAUAUCAUCAUCUGGUAAUGUACAACAAGUUAAAAAGAAGAAGAAGAAGUAA